UAGUCUCUCUCGAGAGAGAACACGACUUGGCUUUACAAAUUCAUUUCAAAAUCAUCAUAGAAAGAGAUCUUGAUCAUGGAAUUGCAAAUGGUACUAUUUCGGAUGCUUGUGUUACUGAUCACGUGCUCGGUACUCAAUGCAUUCACGCGAGCAUCGAUCGUAAUAAACAGUUCAUGUCAAGAAGACUGUGGGAAUGUAAGCAUUCCAUACCCUUUUGGAAUCGGAAAUGGUUGCUACGUCGAUGAUUGGUUUGAGAUAGUCUGCAGAUCAUUGAAUGACUCUUAUGGUCUGGGAUUUCCAAAGCCCUUUUUGAAGAGGUUGAAUUACCUGGAGGUGUUGGAGAUUGACAUAGAUGAAGCUAGAGUUCGCGUCAACUAUCCCAUAUUUUCGACCUGUACCAAUGUCACGAACAGCGCAAAGAAUCUGGAGUUAGAGAAAAGUCCUUUCAACUUCUCCCCCGACAAAAACAGCUUCAUUGCCAUGGGUUGCAACAACUCUGCCCUCAUGUGGUCCAUUUUUCCCGAUGACUCGGUUUCAUAUGGUAUUGUGUGCCAUUCCCCUUGUGACAAAGCUCCAUUCACAAAUGGAAGUCAUUGCAACGCCACAAAUUGUUGCCAAACUACAAUUCCUUCUUAUCUCCAAGCAUUCUCUACAACUAUAGAGUCGAAAAGUUCCUACAAUUCUGGUAGUAGUGAGUGCAAGUAUGCAUUUUUGGUAGACCAGAAUUGGUUUGAGACCAAUUUCACAGAGCCGAAAUCAAAUAUGUCCGUUCCAGUGGUAUUGGACUGGGGGCUUGACAUUACUACUUUCCAUUCUCUUCCCAUACAGAAAAACUCGACGGCAAGGGAAUACAAGAACUCGACCUAUUCUUGUGAUACGUGGCCGAUAUUGCAAAACUUUAUUACCAUGUUUUGUUCUUGCGAGAGUGGCUACGAAGGAAAUCCAUAUCUUAUUGGAGGAUGUGGAGGUAAAUUUAUCUUUCGUACCAUAUCUUAUUCAAUCGAUUUAAUUCCUGAAAGCUUUUGUUUUGCAAGUCAACGUAGAAAGAUAUUGACGAAUGUGCAGACCGUGACCUCAACCAAUGUACAUAUGAAGAACACUGUAAAAAUACUGAAGGCGAUUACCGUUGUUCAAAUAGGUGUUAGCACAAGCCUUGGUGUAUUAUUUUUGAUUUUCAGUGGAUGGUGGUCAUACAAAGUGAUAAAGAAAAGGAUAAAGAUUAAAUGCAAUGAGAAGUUCUUCAAACGAAGACUACUGCUACAACAACAACUAUUUACAAAUAUGAACAGAGUCAAUGUUGAGAACACCAAAUUGUUUCAUUCAAAGGAAUUGAAGAAGGCCACUGAUCGUUUUACGAUAGAUAGAAUAAUUGGACGUGGUGGACAAGGCACCGUUUACAAAGGUAUGUUGGCUGAUGGAAGACUUGUUGCAAUAAAGAAGUCCAAUGUAAUAAAUGAAGAUAAAUUUCAAGAAUUCGUAAAUGAAGUCGUGAUUCUUUCACAAAUUAAUCACAGAAAUGUGGUUAAGCUACUUGGCUGCUGUUUGGAGAUGGAAGUUCCGCUUUUAGUUUAUGAAUUCAUUCCCAAUGGAACACUUGCCCAAUAUCUCAAUGGCCAAAAUGAGGAGUUUCCACCAACAUGGGAUAUGCGUUUUCGAAUUGCUAUAGAAGUUGCAGGGGCUCUUUUCUACAUGCAUUCAGCAGCUUCUUCACCCAUUUACCAUCGCGACAUUAAGUCUACAAACAUCCUCUUAGAUGAGAAGUAUAGAGCGAAAGUAGCAGAUUUCGGAAUUUCAAGAUUUGUUGCUAUUGGUCAAACUCAUCUAAGCACAAUAGUACAUGGAACAUUUGGAUAUGUAGACCCUGAGUAUUUUCAGUCAGGCCAAUUUACAGAUAAGAGUGACGUUUAUAGUUUUGGUGUUGUUCUUGCUGAGCUCUUAACUGGAGAAAAAGCUAUCUCAUCAUCAAGAACUAGAGAUACCAACAGUUUAGCUGCAUUUUUCGUUAGUUCAAUGGAAGGGAAUAAUUUAUUUGACAUCCUUGAUAAUCAAGUUUUGAAGGAAGCAGAAAAAGAAAAAGUAAUUGCAAUUGCAAACCUUGCUAAAAGAUGCUUGAACUUGAACAGAAACGAACGACCUUCAAUGAGAGAAGUUGCAAUGGAAUUGGAGGCCAACCAAAUGUCACCAAAAAUUUCUAACCCUCAAGAGAAAUACAGAGAGAUUGAAUAUGUCAGAACUGAAAUAUCCAAGCAAUAUGAUGUUGUUUCUAUAUCAACAACGUCAGGUAUGGAUGGUAUACUCACGACCUCAUCUUUAGAUUCACAACCAUUAAUAUUAUCUUCUUGAUCAUCAGGUGAUGUUACACCUUGAUUUGUGUUGUAUUGUUUGUUCAAUUUCAUCUUGUAAGCUCCAUAAUUUGCACUUUUCAUUGUUAUACAAAGAUAAUCUUAUA